CUCCCAUGAGGCACCGGCGCGGCUCAGGGCGUUAACCAAUCAGGCGGGGCGCGGCGAGCGGGGCGGCCAAUGGGAGACGGAGGCUGGCGGCGGUUGGAGGUUUGAAUUUGAAGGGGGCCGGGGCCGGUGCGAACGUUGCGGCGUGGUGCUGGAGAAUUUAAAGGAGAGGCUGUCAUGUCGCAAGACUGCAACGAUGAGUGGGAGCUAAGCAAAGAGAAUGUGCAGCCCCUCAAGCAGGGCCGGGUCAUGUCCACCUUGCAGGAAGCACUGGCUCAGCAGGAGGCUUCCACUCACACUGCUGUUCAGCUCAAAAAACAAGAGUUUGAAUCAGAGAUCCGAUUUUAUUCUGGUGAUGAUCCAUUGGAUGUCUGGGACCGCUACAUCAAGUGGACAGAGCAAACCUUCCCCCAGGGUGGAAAGGAAAGCAAUCUCUCAGCAGUAUUGGAAAGGGCAGUGAGAGCGCUCAAUGAAGAGAAGAGAUACUACAAAGAUCCUCGCUAUCUUAAUCUCUGGCUCAAGUUUGGAAAUUGCUGUAAUGAGCCCUUGGAUCUAUACAGUUACCUGCAUAGCCAGGAAAUCGGUACAACAUUGGCACUACUCUAUAUCACGUGGGCAGAAGAACUCGAGGCUAGAGGAAGCUUUAAGAAAGCUGAUUUAAUAUUCCAGGAAGGCCUUAACCGCAAGGCUGAGCCUUUGGACAAACUUCAGUCACAUCACAGGCAGUUUCAGACCCGUGUUUCUCGGCAGACACUACUGGGGCUUGAGGAAGAUACUGAUGAAAGAGACACCAGUCUUCUGGGAACUGAAGAACCUCAGAGAAGCUCACUGGCAGAUCUAAAAGGCAGGGGAAAGAAAAAAGUGAGAGCUCCAAUUAGUCGUGUAGGGGAUGCGCUGAAAGCCACAAACCAAAACAGAAGUCUCCAGACUCUAACUUCUCAGCAGCUUUCAAAGAAUCCAGGUUUUGCUGUGUUUGAUGAAAAUUCAACUUUGGCUUCUGGACCUGAAAUUCCUGUACUUACGCCACAGUCAUGGGCAGCACCUCCAGUUCCAAGGGCCAAGGAGAAUGAACAAAGUGCAGGACCUUGGAAUUCUGGAAGGCGUCCUCACAGCAGUGCAAAUUCUGGCAUUGAAAUGCCCUGUCCGAUGACCAGUUUCACCCCAUACGUGGAAGAAUCGUCUCAGCAGCAAGUCAUGACUCCCUGCAAGAUUGAUCCGAGCAUAAACAGUGUUUUAAGUGCUCGCAAGCCUCAGAAGGAGGAGGAUCCACUAUGGCGGGUGCAAAAUCAACGUCUGGAUUCUCAAGAAAAAGAGAUGGUGAUGUACUGUAAAGACAAAGUUUAUGCAGGAGUGGAAGAGUUCUCAUUGGAAGAGAUUCGAGCUGAAGUCUACAGAAAGAAAGCAAAAAAGAAAGCUGAAGAGGAGUUUCAGGCCAUAAUGCAGAAGAAGGAAGAAAUACAAAGGAAAAUUGAGGCUCUGGAGAAGAAAUUAAAAGAGAAAAAAGGUGACAAGCAGCAGCAACAAUCAUGUGAACAGCCAACAGAGAUAACAAAGCCUCUUCCAUCUCUGGGACAAGAAGAACUUACUUUUUCGAGUGCAACAGAACUUGGGGUGAGAGAGCCUCGCUUGGAAAGUGAAUACCAGCCCUCAGAAGAUAUUAAGCUGCACAAACCAUCUUGUUCCGAAGGAAGUGUGUUUUUAUCCUCUGAGGAUGAACAGGAGGAGCAGAGGGAUAAGGCCAGCCUUGGGAAAAGAGAAAAAUUUGAAGAUGUAGUUUUCCUUCCAUCAACAUAUCCGUCUAUGCCUUUCUCCAUAUUUGACGAAUCAUCUACUUCAGCAAACCAGAAUAUAAGUUGUUCUACAGAUAAUACAAAGAAAAGUGCCCGGUGCCCUCUCGCUGUUCGUAAACCUUCAGAAUCUGCCACUGCGAAGGAAAACAUACCACCAGAAGCCUGUGAUGAGCUGAAUGGAAUUGAGCCUUUGUCUGAAGAUGCAAUCGUGACAGGCUCCUACAAGAACAAAACCCUUUGUGCCAACCCAGAAGACACAUGUGACUUUGUUAGGGCUGCCCAUCUUGCCUCAACUCCCUUUCACGGGGUGUUAGCUCAGAGAAUCCCAGAUCCUGCUUAUUCACAGAGUGUUCUGAAGGAAGACUGUCCAGAAUCGAAGAGUGCACCUCCGAAUCAAAACACACCAGUUUGUGAGGGGACAUACAAUGAAGUUCUUUCAGUAAAUAAACUGAGUCCAAUCAUGGAAGCAAGCCUGGAAGAUACUCGUUCAUCAGGUUCUUCUGUCUCCUCGGGAUCUUCUCUUUCUUCUGUUACACAAAUAUCCACAAUUAAAUACCUGCACAUCCCUGAGAAACUGGAACUUGCUCAGACUUUGCCUGCUGAAACAAUUACUGAUUCUGGAGGUAUCAGUGAAAACAUUACUGGUGAUGUAACUCCGCUCUUGUGGAGUGCUGAACAGCAUAAAAAGCUUUUAGAUCCCAUGCCAGAAUCUUUGACUGCCUCUCCAGACUUUCAUUUGGAGACUGGCUCUAUGCCUGUCAUGGAGUUUGAGAAAGACAUUAAGCUAGGAGAUGAGACUUACUCUAUCAAAUGGGAAUAUUGGACCAAUGAAGAACACAAGAUGUUUUUUGUGACUCUAGCUAACUUUGCCCAGUUGGAUGCAAAGGGAUUUGUAACAAAGGUGUAUUCUCAGCCUGUGCCUUGGGACUUUUAUAUCACACUUCAAUUACGGGAGCGUUUGAAUACUGACUUUGACCAAAGCUUCAGUGAAAACUGCAGCUGUUUCUUAUACCAGGAUGGCUGUGUGAUUCUGCACAGGGAUGUAAAUCGCUUUACGCUUGCGGAUCUUAUUCGUGGCUGCAAGUCUAUCGCAAAGGAAUUUAUCCUGCUGGUUGUUCAUGAUCUCCUGAGCGUGGUUGAGAAGCUCCACAAAGCAGAAAUUGUCCAUGGAGAUCUGAGGCCAGAGGUGCUCUUUCUGGGAGACAGUAUCUGUGACCUACUUGGUUAUGAUAAGGUGACAGGAGCUCUGAAGGUAGUGGAUUUCUCUCACAGUGUGGAUUUGAGAUUGCAGUCUCAAGUAAGCUUGCCCAAUAAUUUUCCUAUAUCUCAGACUCCUCAUGGACAACAGCUUCUGGCAAAAAGUUCCCUUCCUUAUCAGGUAGACUUGGUUGGCAUUGCAGAUAUAGUCCAUUUGAUGCUGUUUGGUGAUCACAUCCAGGUCUGUCAAGAGAAUUCCAUCUGGAAAAUCAGCCAAAACAUAUCAGAGACUGUUGGUGGUGAUUUCUGGCAUAAACUUUUUGAGCGAUUUUUGAAUGCAGAUGGUAAGUCCACAGUGCCUCUGCUGAGGGAGUUGAGAGAGGAACUAAGUGACAAGUUUGACAGCGGUUUCCAGAAACAUCUUUAUGAAUUCUUAGCAGCAGCACUGGGAGACAUCAUCGUCUUGGACAACUUUAUCUGAUUUCAUAGAGAACAAAAGUUCCCGUCUAUAAUACACAUAACUUAUUUUUUUCAAAUGUAAGCAUGAGCAGCAGUUGUAGGCAUUUCUAUGGGACUUGCUAAAUAAUGUUGCAUCAGUGCAUAGCUAUCCUGAAACUGUUAGGUGAACUAGUCUGUGUCUGAGAAGUUUGUCAGAGAAAACAAGCUGUUGUAACUGCCCACUCCCCUUUCUAUGUAGCUUCUCAGAAAUUAAUUUAAUAUCUAGUUCACCGUGUAGUCUUUGAAGUGUCUUUGCCCUACAUUUAGUUGUUCUAUGGUACUGCUUCUAAUCACUGUUUCAUCAAUAAAGUUGUUUUUUGAUUGUAUCUUGGUUGUAUUAAACAUUACUGUCAGAUGGUUUCAAAACACUUGAUUUAUUAUCCAUACUGAAGUGCUUCUGCCUGACUGAGAAUUGCCUUUGACUGCAAGAUACGAAAGCACCUCAUUUGGUCGCAGCUUUCAUAACCACACAGGACUUCCUGGGCACUUAAUACAUGUACAACUUGAAUGUUCCUAUUUGGAAUAUGUUGUCAUGGAUUAUUGUUGUAGGAGAAGUAGGAGUCACAAGUGAAAAAGAUGCAUAUUUGUUUUUGUUUCUUAAAGCAAGGGCUAGAGUUACUGUCUGGAAUAAACACCUUUCAGAAAUCCCUUUGAAGAUUCUACUUGCUAUAUGUGAAGUAUUUCCAGGUUUGUGUGAAAGCUUUUGGAGACGUAUGUUUGUGUUAACUUUUAACAAACUGCAUUGUUAAAAUCAAUACAAAGGCCUGUACUCACUUUAUUUAAGACUGAACAGAGCUUACAGGAUUUCAUACUAAGAUACUAUGCAGAGAAACUUCUCAGAUGUGUGGUUUACUUCCUUACAGCCUCUUCCUUGUAUGAAAGAAAAAAGAACACUGCAUCACUAGUAAUUCUCCUGCUUAACAAACAAGCUGGUUUAGUGUCCUUUUUAUUUGGUCAAGUUCUCUGGUCAUGGUUCUGUGUGAUUCUUACCUAACUGAACUUAAGUCCAUAUUUUCUACUGUUGUUACAAGCCACUUUCUUUCCUGUUCUUUCUGUUUGUCUGCCACUAAUCCUUGUACUUUGACAUGUGUUCUUGCUCUUCCAGAUCCUUAAUGUCUUCCUCAUAGUUCCUUUUAUGAAGGCUAUAUCCUCUUGUAAUUCAGGAAUAACACUCAAUAUGUUGAUAGACAAGCUUUACUAUGUCCUAAUGUAAACUGCUUAUGAAGAAUUUUGUCCAUUAAU